AUGCACCGACCCAGCCCUGCCGUAGCGGUCUGGCACCUGCUGCCGAAGGAUCUGCAGGGAUGGUGGCUGACCAGAGAACGUUCCACUGCGGCUUUUGUGAAUGAUGAUGGUGAUGGUGGUGACGUCGUCUCUGUCCACUGUCCGAUCGAGCAACGACCAACUGAAGCGGCGAUUGGCUCCUUUUCCGCUCUGCAGUUACCGGGGGCUCAUCGGCAGGUGCUGAGGGAUCUGGCGAUCCGUUCAGCCAGGCCUUGCAAAUUUCAAUGGCGAGAUGAUGCAGGUUCGGGGCCGGCUGCGACGGCGGUGUCUGAU